AUGGGAAAACUUCCGAAUUUCGUCCACAAUGAUCAAAUUUGGAAGGACCAUGUCAAAACGGAGAACUAUUCAGUCAGGGUCAGAUGGCCGGAGAGAUGGGGGCAUCUUACAGAGGAAUAUAGGCGGAUGCAUGAGAUUCAGUGUGGCAGUUAUUCAUCUCCAUCCCCCGAUACAGCAGAGUGUGAAGACUCCCAUCAGCGAUCAUCCCAAGUGGUCAAGCUUCCCCCGAUCGAACCUGCCAAAUGCCUCAAGAGAGUCCCAGUGACAACAGCGCAGAUGAUUGGCUGGAGAUCAGCACGGCCGGACUGCCAGCUGGAGAGGUUAGGCAAAUACUCAAACACCGUGAGCCGGCAGAAGGGAAGUCUUCUGAAGAAAAUGAAUUGGCCAAGAGAGGGAGUAGAGUAA